AUGAAUGUCUUGACGUCACUCUCUGCCGUGUCUUCGGCCCCGUAUAGCGCGGCGACAGAUCAGAAUGGAAUUAUUCCUAAGGGGACAAAUGUAAAGCCUGUGAAUGGAACAGAAACCACCGUCUCGUCGGACGAUGCGACGCUGUCAUUUGGGUCAACCCCCACACCUAGCGGGGUUACCGCAAACGGCAUUGUCCACAUACAUCGCCAGGAACAAAAUGUGCUCAACGGCGACGUGGCCCAUGCUGCCACUUCAAAUACAGAGCCUGAAGUUUACAAUAUGUCCGUCGCUAUUCUGAAGCUCAUCGAAAGUUAUGGAGUUGAUUACGAGAAACUGGGCGGCUCCUGGAAGGGGUUUGACUCCUUCAUUCCGAUCGUGCGCGCGCAGAUCAAGAAACAGGAACCCAUCCGCAUGAUUCUGCCCGCUUUUCCAUUCAAGUCGCCCAAUGUGCGAGACAAGGUGCUUGGCACGCUUCCUGAUCUGGGUGAAGAGCUGGCGCUUUUCCACUUGAACGGAUUGUGCGAGAAUAUCGCCCGGAUCUAUGAGCCUGGUGCGGAUGUAUACAUUAGCUCGGACGGGCUCGUCUACAAUGACAUACUUGGAGUUUCCGAUGACACUGUCUGGCAUUAUGGAGAGGCGUUGCGGAAGAUGGCGAUCGAGAAAGAGCUUCAUCAUGUCAAAUUCAUUCGUCUCUUCGAGCUUCUCGAGCACCCGGGGUUUCAUUAUGAGUCAUCAGAGUCUGCGAAAGCAUCCUAUCUGGCACACGCCAACUGUCUACGACGGGAACUGAUGUACUCCUUUGGAGACCCCACCUUUGACGCCGACGAGGCCAUCAAAACCGAUACUGACACCUGCCUUACAUAUCGCGGAUAUAUCAAGUUCCUGACCAAGGACUUGGCGCACCAAGAAGAAAACCACUUGAUGUCGAAGCGCUCCAGACAAGCACACAUCGCUCAAACGGCGCGUCAAAUGAUUGUUCGCGGCAAGAUGUUCGCGGCCGCUAUUAAAGCAAAUCGGAAAGACUACGUGCGACUUUCAAUUCACCAGUCUGCUGGCGAGAAUAAAUUAUCCAUCUCUCUUAUCCCCCAGGUUCGAGGCGCUUUGGGAUAUACCCCGUGGCAUUCGUCGGUGGCUGUCGGACUAGAUGGAUCAUAUCGCACGGUCCACGCAGAAGACGUGCGCGACACGCAUGAUCUGAUCUUUAAAAAUGGUCAACCAUAUUACUUUCGAGAAAAAUCCGACAUGUUCAAUUGGGUCGACGACGGUCUUUCUGUCAAAUUCGAGCACCUAUACCCCUGCGGUCUCAUCAUCCGACCUGCAGACAUCGACAAUGUGAAUCCACCACCAUCUCUCCGCUCUAUUCCCAUGCAGAAGGUCCGCAAGCUCUCAAAUGGCAUGUCCCCAAUUAUUCUUCGUGGGUUUUCUGAGACCCUCGAAGAAAAGCUCUAUGUCGAAAAGGCUGAGGAGCUAGGGACUCUUCUUCCCUGGAGCUUUGGCAUCAUUCAGAAAGUGCGGGACGCUGGUCGGUCCGACAAGAUGGGGAACAAUGUCACAUCAAAUGAAGCAAUGCCCAUGCACUUUGAUGGCAUGUUCAAGUUUGAAGAGGUGCAGGACCCGGUCACUGGGGAGACUGCCAAGGUUCAAAGACCACCCGGGUACCAGUUCUUUACUUGUCCGGCCACGGCGCCUAAAGGAAGUGGAUAUACACUGUUUGCCAGCUCACGCCUCUUCUUCCGGUACCUGCCUAUUCCAUGGACGGCCGAGCGGCUUGAGAAUGUAACUUGGGCUAUGGAUAAUGAUGGCUUCUGGCAAUCCAAAAUCCCGAAUGUACCGCUUGUCGUGAAACAUCCGCUCUCGGGAGAGCCAUGUCUACGCUGGCAUCAACCGUGGGACUCGACGAAGACAAAGUUCUCUACCUGCAAAGUCACCAUUGAAAACGACGAUCAGAGUAUUGUGCAGAUUGUUGAUUCGGGAACAUACGACCAUCGAGUCUGUCUGCGCUUCGAGUGGGAAAAGGGGGAUUUGCUCAUCAGUGAUAAUACCGCUAUGCUGCACACGCGAACUGGGUAUAUAAGUGACUGUGAUCGAGAGUUGUGGCGGAUUCACUUCGACUAG